ACUGGUGUGGCCUUCAAAUAUGAGAAGAACAAUAUUCCCUUCGUUUUAAAGAUGAAUGUACUUGAAAAUGCAAGACACUUUCUGCGUACAUUUAUAGUAGAAAAGAUUCUUCCUGUUAAUAAAAAGGACUGGGUAGCAUUUUGUGUCAAAAUUGGAUUUAACAAAAAUACCUUAUCACUAGCUAAACAUAAAAUAGUGGUUAAUCCAUUUUGGCAAAUCCUUAGGUAUUGGACAGAAAAAAUAGAAAAAUCUAGUGCAGAUCCUUCAAAGAUACUUUACAAAAGUCUGAGUAAAGUAAAUAAAAGUCUGAAGAGAGACCUGUUGGAAUGGAUUGUACGUGAUACAGAAAAAUACAACAUACAAGAAAUAAAGGAAUAUUUAGAGGAUAAGGAAAUAUGUGAUUUUAAACUAUUCAAAUCGCAGCUUACAGAGUUUCAAUUUUCUGAAGAUGAUCAAAUACCACUGACUAUUUGGAAGAUGGGAAAAGCAGCAGAAGAACAGUACAGAGAAAUUUUACAAAGCGGUGUCGAAAAUAGAUACAUGAUACGUUUACCGGUUGUGGGACCUUUCGGUGUAGGGAAAACGUGCCUUACCAGAAAAUUGUUAAGAAAACAAAUAUCAGAUGUAACAAGCACGAAUGGCAUAGACAUCAUGACUCAAAAAUGUAAAGUAUGUUUAACAGAUGAUACUUGGAUUUUUUCUCAAGACAUUCGCUUUGAUGUAAACCAAGGAAGAAAAUCAAGAUUAGCAAAGAACCUGUUGAUCCUCCAUCUGAAAGGAGAGACACACUAUAAAACAAAAGCAGAGCUGUCACAUAUAUCUUCUGUCUCAGAAAAAUACGUUAAGGCAGUAAACACCUAUUCCCAUGAUCAAAAAGAUCAAAUUACUAAAUUAUCUCUAGACGAAGAGACGCUUGGAGACAAAAUGAACAAAAAAAGUCUCUCGACUUUGACUGCUGUUAACGAAAAAUAUGAAAACACAGAAACAAUCAUAACUAAACUACAAGAUGGUCUUGUAGAACCUGCUGAGGUACAAAAUGCUGAUUUAUAUUCUGACCUGAAAGGUUGGUCCGAAUCAGAAGCAUCAUUAGAGGACUUCGCUGAAGUGGCACUUUUAGAUUUCGCUGGUCAAUACGAAUUCUACGCAACACACCAAACCUUUUUAAAUAAACAUGCUAUUUAUUUGUUGGUUAUUGAUGUUAGUAAGAACUUAAAAGGAUUGAUGACAUCUGAAGAUGUAGAUGAGAACUUUCUUGAUUUGUCCGAGAUUCCAUUUGAGGACAUUGGAGAAUACAUAAACUUUUGGAUGGAUGCUAUCCAUUGUUAUGGUGAUGAAGAAGAGGCAAUCGACAACACGAAAGAAACACUUCCCUCUAUUAUUGUUGUUGGAACAUGUUGCGACAAAUUACAGAUUGAUAAGGAAACAAGGAAAUGGGAAAUUCAAAAACAAUUUGAUGAAAUAUUAGGAGACCAUCCGAAACGAAAGCACAUAAAAGAUUUUAUAAUGCUGUCAAACACUACUUCCUCUGAAACCGACUUUGACGUCCUUCGGCACCGUAUUGUACAACUAGCUUCAAAAGUUGAAACAUGGGGACAACAACUUCCGACUCGUUGGAUUAAGUAUGAAGAAGUCCUGGAUCAACACAGAGAAAACCAAAAUAAAGUCAUGACAUAUGAGGACAUGAAAUCUGUAGGGAAAUCGGUUGGACUUGAUAUCAAAGACAUGAACGAAGUGAAUUUGUUUCUUAGAUAUCAACAUGAAAUAGGAAAUCUCAUUUACUUUGAUGACAUUCCAGAUUUAGUUAUUUUGCAACCACAGUGGUUAGUUGAUGUGUUGAAAUGUCUUGUGUCAGCGAGGAAGUUCCAGAUCCAAAGAAACAUUGUUUACAACUCUGACUGGAAAGAGUUAGAAACAACAGGUAAAUUGACAGAAGAUUUGAUUACACAAGCAUUUAGAGGAGAAGAAGAGGGGACAGGUUUUUUUAAAUACCGUAGUCACAUUCUACAAAUAAUGGAAAAGUUUGAUAUAAUUGUGAAACCUAACAUGGCUGAGGAAGAAUCUGUAUCAGCAUUAGAAGAAAAUGACGUAAUCAACAAAUCACAAAUACCAACAGUUAGUUAUUAUGUGCCAUGUCUCAUCAAAUCAAAACCCAUUAGAAAUAUAGUGGACAGUUUUAAAGUUGAUGGGAAGGAUUUUAACAGGACAUCUUGGAUAUGUAUGCAUUUUGAUUUUCUUCCUCCAGCGUUUUUCAACCAUUUUCUUGUAAAUUACAUACGCCGUUAUCAGAUAAGUCUAGAACCAUCAAAACAUAGACGAAGACCAGCACUGUACCGCGGCAUGGGGGUCUUUAAUCUCGAUUCAUCAGGCCUAACUAAGCUGGCAGUUUGUGUUAGCAAACACGUGAUACUCCUUCAGAUCUGGAAAUGGGGCAAGCAUUCCCAGAUCUCAUUCAAAGGUAUCUGGGAACAUGCAGAAGCCUGCAUAACUGGCAUAAAAGGGAGAUACAAAAUGAAUGUAUCGUACACUGUGAAAAUGAAGUGUUGUAAUGGAAGCUACGACAACUUAAAUGGAAUGAUGGAAAUGACAAAGUUAGAGUCUGACGAAGAAUAUUUUUGUGAUGAGCACGCAGUACUUCACAAUUCAAAAGACUUGUUAGACUCUUGGUUUAAGGAAGAAUUGAAUCCUGAAAUGUUGAAUUAUGUGAGACUAGCAAAAUCAGUUACAGACUUGAUGCCGGAAAUAAUGGCAGAGCAUUUAAAAUCUGAUGGAUUCGAUAUCGUAGGAAAUACUAGCUUGACAUCUCGAUCUCUGUUCACUUCUUUCCAACUACAAAACAAAUAUAUACCAACUACUGGAAAGUGGGCAAGUUCAAACUGUCCAAAUGAAGACUCGGAAAUAAGUAUUGGCGAUGAUGUUCAACGUUGGCGUUUUGUUCUCACUGAACUCAAGAAUCAUUCCAAAAUAAGCGAAGAAUCUUCCAUUGCUCUUGCAAAUGUUUUGGCAAAUGUGUUCAUCAGAUCUGAGAAAAAAAUCGAAAAGAACUCAUUCGUUAGAAAGUAUGAGAAGAUAACGACUGAAAUGUUUGAAGCAAACGAUUAUGAUUUCUAUCUCCAGAAGGUAAACAAUGAAGUUAUCCCCAAUACCUUCGAAGUCAACAUCAGACGCCAUUAUCAGAUUAUCAUACAGGAAAUAUCGGUAAGCCAAAUCUUGGACCAAAUGAUGACCCACUGCAGCUUAUCCAUUGAUGACAGACGCCAUAUCGAACAACAUGUCAAACAGAUUGAACAAAAUAAAGCGUUGUUAGAUAUAAUUAUUGAUAGGAAUCGUACCAUGUUUAAGGUAUUCAUAGAUGCUUUGCGGGAGAGCGGAUACAAUAAUAUUGCUGAUCUACUCAGCAGCGAUCUCGAAAAUGUCACAGUAGAUACACCAUGUAUAAGAACGGCACAAAAGGAAGGAUUAUCAGCAUGGACUGUUCCAUUACAUAAGGUACGACUGCAGAAGAAUUACGUAGAUAUCAUAUCUACCAUCAAACACGAAGCCAUAGUAGAUCAUUUGAUAUCGUGUGAAGUAUUCACAAUAGAUGACCAGCAAACAAUAGAGGCUUGUCCAGCACAGACUGAAAAGAACAGGAAGUUGAUGGAUCGACUAUUGCAUUGUGGGGAGAAAUGCUUUAUAGAAUUUCUAAAUGCUUUACGUUCUGAUGAGAUUUAUGCAGAUCUUGCAAAUCAGAUAGAACAAACAGAUGUAACUAGUAUUGAUAUUUCUACUCUCCAUGACUGCUAUUCAAAUAUGUAGACAAUGUAUAACUUAUAACCCAAUUAGGUAAUUCCAAUUCAACCAUGUAAGAUGUAUAUGUACAUGUAUUAAGCUUCAAAUGGCAAAACACUUGACGCCCGUUGUCUGUUAACUACAUGUAUUACCAAAACUCUUCAUGACUGUUAUUCCAAUUCAACCAUGUAAGAUGUAUAUGUACAUGUAUAAAGCUUCAAAUGGUAUAACACGCAUGCAACAUGGGUUAUUAUUAUAUGAAAUCAUUCUUUGUAUGUAAACGCACCGUGCUAAAAGGUAUAACAAUGAGUUAUCGCGUCACUUGACGCCCAUUGUCUGUUUACUUUUACCAAAAUCUUCUCCUCUAAAAUGACUAGACCAAAUGUAACCAAACGUCUAUAAACCAAAAUCAUCAUUAUCUAGUUUUAAAGUUAUGUCUAUUGACCCAAGCUUGCAAAAAAACAUGGCUCACAUGGUAAAAUGCAAGUUUGUUUAUAUUAUUUUGAUAAAAGGCAUAAAAAGAAGACAGAAAUUUUCAGAAUCUUAAAAAUAACCUACAAUCCAAUUAAGUCAUAACCACAAUACGACUCCUUUCUCUAAAACGACAAGUUUUAUCCACCUUUCAUGUUUAACUAGUGUGUAUUCAAAAUCAUAAUACAUGCAGACAUUUUUUAAAAGGCAUACACUAAGUAAAGGAAUCGGGAAGACAAGAUCUACAAGUAUGUCAAAUGAUCCCGAUAUUCUCAGACGGUUCCUCAUCUUAAUUGUUGCGUUUUAAUGACGGUUUUUAAAUAUUUUAACGUUUUAGCUUCUAUCUUUGAAAACUAUAAUAGAUAGAAACUUAAAUAUGCAAAUAUGACAAGCAAGACAAUGUCUGCAAAAUAAACCAAUGCCAGAAAUCGCUUCUAGGAGUUAUUGUCUAUAUUCACGAUUUUUACUGAUUUUGUUCAUUAUCUUGCAAACUACAAAAAUUGAUUCAAUGUAUCAACUAUUAUCAACAUUACUUCAAGAUAUAGUAACACCCUUCACUUUUAAAAAGUCCUGAUAUCACGAGUUUUUACUGUUCUGGUGUAUUUACAGAGCAAUAGCCUUGUUAGUAGUAAGUGGGUUGUGUUUGCUAAUAGUUAUCAAGGAUACCAGGCUUGUACUUUAAUAUGCCACACAAGCGUUUCGUCAAAAUAAGACUCAUCAGUGACGCUCAGAUCAAAAUAGUUAUAAAGUCAAACAAGAACAAAUUUGAGGAGUGUGCUAAUGUGUAGUUUGCGUAUUUAUGAUUUAUUUAGAAACUUGCUCUUAGGUCUUUUUAUUCGGGAAAAUGGCCGAUUGGUAAAUGUCAUUGUGGUCCACACCGAUAUUGAUUUCUGAUUAGGACAUGAAGGGGGGGCUCGAUUUAUAAUUUUCUCGCAUUUUCCUGCGGCAAAGUGUUUGACCAACAGCGGUUAUAUAGAAAGCUAGUAUCCCGUUUUUUACUCACAAAAUACACCACGUGUUCAGUUGCGACACAAAGUCUAAAUCACUAACAAAAACGGGAAGGAUCUUAAUUGCCAAUAAUUUUGUACAGUUCCAAUGAGCAAUGUUUUCCCCGGUUUUGUGAAAAAUGCCCUUAUCUUAAAUAACUUUGAUUUUUAGAGUGGAGCAUGUUAUGUUUAACCCCGCCACAUUAUGUAUGUAUUUGCCUGUCCAAGUCAGGAGCCUGUAAUUCUGUCGUUGUCUUUUGUUUAUGUGUUACAUAUUUGUUUUUGGUUCAAUUUUUUAUAUAAAUAAGGCCGUUAGUUUUCUCGUUUGAAUUGUUUUACAUUGUCAUUUCGGGGCUUUUUAUAGCUAACUAUGAAGUAUAGGUUUUGCUCAUUGUUGAAAGCCUUACGGUGACCUAUAGUUGUUAAUUUCUGUGUUAUGUUUGGUCAUUUGUGGAGAGUUGUCUCAUUGGCAAACAUACCAAAUCUUCUUUUUUAUAUUGUCAAUUUAUUUUCGAUUGAAUUUCAAUCUGGUAUCUUAUGUCUCCCUUUGAUAAAAAACAACAUGUAUUGAGUCGUCAGUAUCAGCUCUACUCAAACAAACGUUCUACGUUUACACUAUUUGUUGCUAGAUUUUAAUCCAUUGUUUUGUACAUGCUCAGAUAUUUCUGUAACUUUUUUUUAUAUAUUUGCUAUUGCGAAGUUUCCAUUUUGUCAUAUAAUUCAAAUAAAAAUUAUGCCUUAAUAUGAUAAUGUUGCAAUAAGUUUUGAAACAUUCAAAUAAAAUUCGUAGCUUGUCAUGAGAAUAUAAAAAUUAUUGCACGUUUCUCACAUAUAUAGCUUUAAUAAUAAAACAAGCUUGGCAUGUAAAUAUGCAACAAUAAAGGAUUUCUAUACUA